AUGUCGGCCAGAAAGUUGACCAAGCCCAAAAAACCAUACACGAAUGCAAAUCCAUCCGCUUCCUCAUCCUUUGUACGAAGUUCACCGCGCCCAGAGUACGAAGAGUCCGACCCGGUCGAUUUGCACGCCAUCCUCUCCGAAGCAAUAGACAAGGUAUUGGACGAGGGAGUAGGCAUACUCUUCUUUCUAAAAUCAGCUUGCCGAGAGACGAAGCGCAUUCUGGAGGACAUAUCGACUAUGGACGGCAACAAGGAGGAAUGGAACGAACUAGUACGACGUGUAAGGGAAAACAUGUCCGUGAUUGAAAAACAAGUUGCCUUUUUUGAGUCGUACCCUCCGGAGGACACUGUCAUCGACACGGAAUCCAGCGGGCCCCUCUUCUACUAUGUCCAAUGCCUCGAGAAUGUGCACGAGACGAUCGUCGGGCUGAAAGAGCAACCAGCUCGCACCAAAUCCGGCUUUUUGAAAGCGUUUAGGAAACCUAGGGUCGAUAUCCGGAAACUCUAUCGAGAGAUUGAGGGCCGAUAUAGACAGCUCAUGUGCGUGCUAAAGCCGACGAACACAAAGCUACCAAGAGUGUCAUUCGUCGCAGCCUCGAUCCACACUACCUGUCUGCAAGGAACGCGCACGGAUGUCCUUGGGAUGAUGUGGAACUGGGCUCACAAUGAUACACCCGGGAGGCCAAUCUUCUGGCUCUGCGACGUUGCCGGCUCUGGGAAAUCCACAGUCGCCAUGUCUGCAGCGGGAAUAUGGCAUGAUCAGGGAUUGCUCGGUGGCGCUUUCUUCUUCUCCCUCACCAGCAACGAAGUAUCGAACACUGACAAGUUCUGUUCUGCUAUGGCACGCGACCUCGUCCGCACCACCCGGCGUGUUAUACCAUACAUUGCGGAAGCGGUCAAACAAAAUCCAUCCAUCAUGCAAAGCUCGUUUGGCCAACAGUUCCAGACGCUCAUCGUCGGUCCUCUUAAUCGUCAUCAGGAGACUGUCAUUCUCGUCAUUGACGCUCUUGACGAAUGCCAAUCGUCCUCGCAGAGGAGAGAGCUUCUAGAGGCACUUUCUACUGCUGUUCGCGGGACCAAGAAUCUCAAAAUCUUCAUCACGAGCCGACCGGACCCUGCCAUUGAAGCAGUCUUGGGACCGCUUGCAAUCAAAGCCAACCUGGAGGACCGUGUGCAAGGUCUCAAUCACCCCAAUCCUCUCAACGAUGUUGCGAUCUACGUACAUCGUUCACUGGGUGGCAUACUGCCUCCCGAAAAGAGAUGGCGCCUCAUCGAAAAGGCCAACGGAUCGUUUGUAUGGGCGAGCACCGCGUGCCGAAUGCUCAGGAGCGAAGCGAAUCUCAGGAAUCCCGAAAAAAUCUAUGAUCGAAUCAUGGCCCUGGUUCAAAAUGGAGGGAUAUACGAGCUAUACGCCCUCAUUUUCGAACACACAGACAGAAACUUCUAUGUAAUCAUGUGCCAAAUGCUCGCUCUGCUAGCAGUCGCGUUUGAACCGCUCACGAUGGACGACUUCGAGGACCUGCUGAAACAUGCCCGCGUAGGAGGAAGUGGCAAAGACUUGGUGCAGAGUCUGGAAAGCGUACUCAGUAUGGACCCAAGUACAAACAAGAUUCACUUUCGUCAUCCCACCGUCGUUGAGUACCUUCGGUACUGCUCCGCUCCUCCAGCCGUCGAUAGCCGCAACAGACUCUAUAUCGACAUUGCUAAUGCACAUGGCCAACUCGCCUGGUGGUGUCUCAAAGGCCUCACGUCGCCGACCGUCGGACUCAAGUUCAAUCUAUGUCAAGUCGAGUCGUCUUUCUACCUCAAUCGACAACUCCCAGACCUGGAAGAGAGGAUAUCAAAGUAUAUUCCGACGCGACUUCAGUAUGCCAGCUCCUACUGGUCGUUUCAUGUAGCGGAAACGGGCGAGGACUGGCGACGGACCUUCAAAAGCGAAGUUCAAUGGAUUGUUCAAAGUCCACAGGUGCUACACUGGAUGGAGGUUCUGAGCUUCACGGGAGGAGUGCUGCGAGCGAUAUCUGGUCUUAAAGCUACAACGCGCCAUGUUGGGUUUGAUGAGGAGACUAGAAGCGCCAUACUUGAGACGCGACAGUUUCUGAUGGCAUUUUCGGUGCCGAUUCAGGACAGCGCUCCGCACAUCUACAUCUCGGCGCUUCCAUUUACUCCCACAAAGUCGAUUCUACAUAGCGAGCUCACAAAGAGAUAUUUAAAUACUCUCACUGUGACGCAAGGACUGGAGGAGAGGUACCCUGUGCUCCCCAGAACUCUUCAAGGACACAAGGGCGAGGUAUAUGCCAUUGCAUUUUCGCCAGAUGGCUCGCGAAUGAUCUCUGGCUCGAAUGACAAUACAAUACGGCAAUGGGAUGCAGACACUGGCCAGCCGUUAGGAGCGCCUCUUCGUGGUCAUGAAAAGGCAGUGAACAGCGUCGCUUUCUCACCAGACGGCUCACGAAUUAUCUCUGGCUCGUGUGAUAUGACCAUUCGACUCUGGGAUACGGAGAGCGGUCAGCCUAUCGGAAAGCCCUACAAAGGCCACGAAGCAUCGGUGACAGCUAUUGCAUUCUCGCUGGGCACGUCAUGCAUUGCCUAUGGAUUCGAAGACAAUACGAUUGGAUUAUGGAAUCCGAACACUGGUCAGCUGCUUCGAGAGCCAAUCAAAGGUCAUACAAAAUUGGUCACGGCUCUCGCCUUCUCGCUAGAUGGCUCGAAAAUUGUCUCAGCCUCGAACGAUGGGACUAUUCGGCUGUGGGACGCAAUUACUGGUCGCUCUCUGAGCGUAAUCCUCGAAACUCGCCAGUUCGGGAUUUGCACUCUCGCGUUUUCGCCGGACGGCUCACGAAUCGUUUCUGGCUCGAGAGACUGUAGGAUUCAUCUUUGGGACGCGCAUGUGGGUUCACUAUUGGGAGAACUCCGCGAAGGUCACACAUAUGGGGUCAAAGCUGUCAUCUUCUCCCCAAAUGGCUCACAAAUUGCCUCUGCCUCGGACGACUGUACCAUUCGACGAUGGGAUGCAAUUACAUGUCAGCCAAUAGGGGAGCCUCUCAGAAGUCACGAGAGCGAAGUCAUAACCAUCGCGUUCUCUCCAGAUGGCUCACGAAUUGCCUCUGGUUCGAGAGACAGUAUGAUUCGACUUUGGAGCACAGAUACCGGUCAGCCGUUAGGCGAACUCCGAGGUCACGAAUACGGCGUGGAAGCCGUGGCCGUUUCACCAGACGGCUCGAGAAUCGCCUCUGGCUCGCGGGACAAGACGAUUAGGCUCUGGGAUACGGCCACUGGCCGAUCUCUAGGAGAGCCACUUCAAGGACACGAACAUCCGGUUUCGACCCUCGCGUUCUCACCCGAUGGCUCGCGACUUGUCUCUGGCUCAUACGAUAAAACGAUUCGUCUGUGGGAUGUAGACAGGAGACAGCCAUUAGGGGAGCCACUAUUAGGCCAUGAAUACUCGAUCACGGCAGUCGCAUUUUCGCCAGAUGGCUCACAGAUUGUCUCUGGGUCAUAUGACGAGACAAUUCGACUAUGGGAUGCAAACACUGGAAGACCGUUGAGAGAGCCAUUCCGAGGUCACGGAGCCUCGGUUAAUACCCUGGCAUUGUCGCCGGAUGGCUCGCGAAUCGCCUCUGGCUCAACGGACCAAACGAUUCGACUCUGGGAUAUAGGCACCGGCCAGCAAGUAGGAAAUCCACUGCGGGGUCACGAAGGCUCUGUUGAUACCCUAGCAUUCUCGCCGGAUGGCUUACGAAUCGCCUCUGGCUCAAAAGACAAGACGAUUCGACUUUGGGAUGCAAUCACCGGUCGGCCCCUGGGAGAGCCACUAAGAGACAAAGAAACUUUAUUUUAUACCCUAGCAUUCUCUCCUGAUGGCUCACGGAUCGUCUCUGGCUCCUAUGACCACACAAUCCAACUGUGGGAUGCUAGCACUGGUCGAUUGUUAGGAGAACCAUUUCGAGGUCACAAAUGCUUGGUUACAACGGUUGCAUUUUUGCCAGAUAAUUCACGAAUCAUUUCUGGCUCGAUCGAUAAGACAAUUCGACUGUGGGAGACGGAAAUUGAUGCGAACAAGAAGGGAGUCAGUCAAAAUGACAGAAGGUCUCAGGACUCACAACUUGGGAGCGCUGUACCUGACCCUAUAACCGUCACUGUGCCAGGAUUCAAGGAGUGUUCGCUUUCACAUGAUGGUUGGGUGCGAUCUUCUAGUAAACUCCUCUUCUGGGUACCACCAGAGAACCGACAUGGACUACAAUAUUCGCACCUUUUGACUUUACCGACAAGCAGCCUACUCCGUGCUACCAAACUUGAUUUCGCCCGCUUCCAAUGUGGCCUCUCUUGGGCAAGUGCUCGAGAAGAUGCUAGCCAUUGA